AAAGAAAAAAAUUUGUAUUGUCAAAUAUAAUUUUGAAUAGAAUUUUAGUUCUUUCAGAGUUUUUAUAAUUGUCGGAAGUAACCUUUACCAAAAUUUGUGUGCGCUGUUAGACAUUCUAAUUUUCGCAAUUUAUCAAAUUUACGUACAUAAAUUCAGUAUUUCUUUAUUAUUGUAUUGUAAAUUGAAUUUUCAUUGUUAAAGAAAUUGUUUUGUAAAAAUAAAUUAAAUUAAAUUUUGUGCAAUAUGUUCUCUGGUGCGAAACGUGCGACCAGAUUGGAAGCGCAUACGACAAGGCGCAAUCAGCGAAUUAUCGAGGACUUUGUCAAGAAUGAAGAUGUGCCACAUUGGUAUCGCGGUUUGUCUUCCUUUCAAAUUGAGGCCGCACACCAAUUGCAUUAUGCUAUACGCGAUGACCUUGAACAGGGUACAACACAUCGCGUAUGGAACUUAUUAAAUCGUAUUGGCUUACGACCGAGUAUCAGUGGUACUAACAUACGUUUCCUCAUGUUCAUGAGCGGCGGCAAUGAUUUGGCAUUUUUAUGGUUCAUUAAAGAAUUAUUCUACAAAACCGAUGGACCAGAUUACAAUCUAAAUGAACAAUUAAUUCUAUCAAGCAUUGCUCAUCUGGACACAUUAUUCACGCUACGCGGCCUAGAUAGCAUACUGCCGCCUGAACAGCCGACGAAAGAAGAAAUUCGACGCAUUGCGAAGAAGAAAAUCGCCAAACAGAAAUUAAAAUUCCAAAACGAAACUGGAACCGAAAACGAAAAAACGACCAUCAAUAGCAUGCGAAUUAAGUAUAAGUUGCCAUACUUUGAUGAAUUGGUGCGGCCGCGACUUUAUGAGCAUCCGCUAACCUCAUUUCCGCCUACCUAUCGCACCAAAUUAAUGUUUGAAGAUGUACUUCGGGACUCGCAUUACGUCAUACCGAAUGAGAGCAAUCGCUGGUUUGCCGAUUAUCAAUUGCACCCCGGCAAGAAGACGGGGGUGGAAAUGCUAACCGACAAAAUGCAGCAAAUAUUCAAAACUAAAUUACCAAGACAAUCGGUUAUGAUAAAAAACGUAUUUAAAAAACAUGUGCUUAAUAUUUUAAAUCCAGAAGUAUAUUUGCACGAGGAUAUGCAGAAAAAGAACUUAUGCUUACAUCAUCAAACAUUAGAGGAAAUGGAGAGAAAUCUCGAAAAUGAAUUACGUUGGCGAGCACAAGAAAAAUGCUUGAAAUAUUUCGAUACGGAAACACCCAAGCGGGAGGAGCGUAUUGAACGCAUCCGUAGACAGAUUGAAGAGGACGUUGAUGAGCUUAUGACGCAAUUCAAACGAUUAGCUAGUCGCACUCGUAGUCACAUGCAGAUUAUUUCGCAAGAUGAGAUUCGAGUUUGUGACUCAAACGAAUUUAACACCAAAGAUCGUUUGUGCGGUGGCGCACAAAGCAGAUGGACUGAUCUGACGUGCCAUAGUGAAACUUGUCUAACACAGCGAGAUUUCGGUUGCGUACACGAGCAUAAAGCAACUUCUACGAAGAGUAACGACAGUCUGCCGAGCUCCUCAGAAACGGGUACAAACUGGGUAGAAGAAAAUAUUGGCGACUGUUUGACUGUAACGGCGGAGGCCAAAGCGAAAUGCUGUAGGGAAUGCAAAACAAAGCCAUCAAAGUUUAAGCGCAAACGUACAAACCCAUAUGCGACGAAGAAACAAAGUGUUCGCGAAAUUUUACAUAAGAUGCCUUGCGAUUGUGGUUACAAAUAUGUGAAAAACUACGAUUAUGGGCAUUCCGAGCAGGCAAAACACGAAACGGAAUCGUAUUUCAAAGCACCCGAUGAAAAUCAACCGUACAUGUUCGACUAUCCCAAAGUGUUCGCACACAAGGAACGUGAAAGUACGCGCUUAAAUGUGCAGAAAGAAUUCUUAAAAACCAUAAAUAGCGAUUUAAAUUUAGAUAAGAAUGAUCCGAAUACGCCAAAAAAUCUAGAUGAAGCUGUAAAAGCAUACGCAAAGAAAGCGUUCAAAGAAGGCGUGGCUGCUAAAAAUAUCGAAAUGGCUGCAGAGGAAGAACUAGAGAAAAAUCGACGCAGAUAUCCUUUUUUGGAUGUGGAAAUGGAUUACUAUGAUCCGGAAGAUAGGAACUUAAUGCAGAGUAUGCUGAAAAAUGCGCUCGAUUACUUGGCGAAAAAUCCAAAGUAUGUCUUAGCCUCAAUGCCUGAUGCACAUAAACUGCCAUCCUUACUUUCGUGGAUGGCGACACGCUACGGUAAAACGUAUACGCGGGAGCAGCUGUUCAAAAUGCACAUUAAAACACGUCCAACAUUCCGCGCUUUGAAACAGAUGACCGCAGACGUGCUGAUGCCAUCAGCCCGAAGUUUGGGCAAUGCCGUUUAUGUGAAUUACAAUUGCAGAGAUUACCUCUUGAAAAAGACCGAAAUUUUGCGCAAUGAAUAUUACAGAAGAUUGAACGCAUCUAUUAUGGAUCAAUCACGUACCUUUUACUUGGCAAUUAAGCCUCAUAUAUGCAAUCAUCCUAGGGACACUUUCUUUGCCUAUAUGCCGUCGCGUGAAGCGGACAUACAACACUUCCGUAUUUGGCGUAAUCACGAGCAUAUGCCCGCGAAGGAUGAGUUCUUCAAACGGAAAUGUCGUGCUAUGAAGUUGGCAAACCGAUUUUACUGAGUCUUAAUAACGGCGUUUCCGAUUUUUGUUUAGGUUGUAGUGUUAUAAGCGUAAAAUAUGUUUAGACCACAUUUCUGUAUUUACAACACUUAGAAGAAAAAUUUUUUAAUGAAGAAGUGGUAGAAAUUUUGCAACAAAAUUUUGUUAACAAAUUAAUGUAUUUUUGUAUGCAAAAUUGUCUGCAAAUAUUUCAUGUUAACCACUCAAACUUCUAAAUUCAUAUAAUGUAAAAUACACAAAAAGUUAGCACGAUAAAAAAUUGUGU